CAGUGGUAGUGGGAAUGUUAGCAUUGGACCUAGGAUUCGUAAAUCUAGGUUGGAUACCUUUUUUGCACCUCGCACUACUCCUGGGUCCCAACAGUCACUUGAGAGCAUGGGUUGGAACAAGGAGGUCCAUGAUGCUGCUAAAAUGGCAGUUGGCAGAUUUUGGAUCUAUGGCAGUAUUCCAUUCUUCACAGCCAGGUCACCUUAUUGGCAAGAAAUGGUUGAUGCCCUUACCAUUUGUGGGGCGGGGUUCAAAGCCCCUUCUGAGUUUGAUUUGAGCGGACCCAUUUUGACUGAAUUGGUGAAUGAUGUGAAGAAAGAAUUGGGUGAUCAACACCAAAUAUGGAGCACUAAAGGUUGCACCAUCAUGACUGAUGGUUGGACAGACAGGAGAAAUAGAACUCUCCUUAAUUUUCUUGUUUCUUCCGCAGGGGGCACCGUUUUCAUCAAGUCUAUUGAUGCCUCCGCCCAUUGCAAGAAUGCCACCUACCUAUGUGAGCAGAUAGAGGAGGUGAUUAAUGAGGUGGGUGAAGAGAACGUGGUACAGGUGGUGACUGACAAUGCACCAAAUUAUGUUGCUGCAGGCAGACUAUUGAUGGAGAGGCACCCAUCUAUAGUUUGGACUCCAUGUGCCGCCCAUUGCAUUGACCUCAUGUUAGAGGAUAUUGGAAAACUUCCAUGGGUCAAGACAUGUGUAGAAAAGGCAAGAAAUGUGUGCAAAUUUGUAUAUAAUCAUUCAUGGGUGUUGGCUCUUAUGAGACAAUACACAGAGCAUAAGGAGUUAGCUCGUCCAGGAAUCACAAGAUUUGCCACAAACUUCAUCACAUUGCAGUCCAUGCUUCGUUGUAAGAUGGCCUUGAGACGUAUGAUUGUUGGUGAGGAGUGGUCUUCCUCAUCCUAUGCUGCCACCCCAGCAGGAAAAGAUAUGGCAGACUGCAUUUUUGAUGAGCGAGGCUUUUGGAGCCCUUGUGAUGAGAUAGUGAAGGUAAUUUUUUUAUAAAUUCUACAAUUUUUAUUUAACUUUUUGUUUUAUAACUUAUUCAUCAUAUUCUCUUAUUUGCUCAUGUUUUAAAUUACACAAUAUUUUCAAUUUUACAAUUUGUUAAGCCCUUGGUGGUUUUGUUGCGAGUUGCGGAUGGAGAAAAGCCCGCAAUGGGCUACAUAUAUGAGGGCAAGGAUAGGGCGAAAGAGGGCAUCAAAUCUAUCUAUGCAGGAGAUGAGAGCAAGUAUGGUCCCAUUUGGCAGAUCAUUGAUAAGAGAUGGCAUCAUCAGCUUCAUAGGCCCAUCCAUGCAGCAGCCUAUUAUUUGAAUCCGGCAUUCCAUUUUAGCCCUACUUUCAGGGCUGAUGCGGAGGUCCUUGAUGGGCUAUACUCAGUCAUGGAGAAGAUGGCACCUGUUGGUUGUACUCAGUCAGAUCUUAUGCGAGAGCUACAGUUGUUCUCAAAUGCACAAGGGGAGACCUUUUCUCGUCCUAUCGCCAAAGAAAGUAGGACAACUAUGAUGCCAGAUAAUUGGUGGAACUUUUUUGGCCCAACGACACCAAAUCUUCAGAAGUUGGCCAUUCGCAUCUUGAGCCAUCCAUGCAGUGCAUCUGGUUGUGAGCGCAAUUGGAGUAUGUUUGAGCACAUACACUCCAAGAGGCGCAAUAGAUUAUCCGUGGAGAAGAUGAAUGAUCUUAUCUUUGUUCACUAUAACCUCCGCCUGAGAAUGAGAAAGAAUGCAUUAGCUGACAUCUCUCCUAUCAUUCUAGAUGAGGUUGAUCCUGAGGCAGAGUGGGCCAUUGAGACAGAUCCUGUGGCUGUCUUUAGUGAUGAUGACACUGAUUGGAUCGACCAGGUAGAUAUAGAGGCUAAGGCUGUAGCCAUGGCAGAGGAGGAGCAGAGAGCACGAGCAGAGAGAGGAGAUUCAGAGGCAGAUGGUGAUAGUGACAGAGAUGGUGACAGUGACACAGAUGUUCCUGAUGUUGGUGAGCAUGGCGUGGUGUCACGAGGAGCGGCUAUGGCUGCCCAAUCAUCUAUGACCUACCUUAGACGCCUUCGUAGGGGGGCGGGGCCUUCAUCGGAGCCGACGUCGGGGCCGGAGGGUGCAGACUCCUCUGCGCCAUAGGCUUGUAGAUGUAUUUACCUUUGUUAUUUGUAUGGAACAUUUGAUGAUGAUCAUAUGAUGACAUGGAUUUUUUAUUCCAUGAGUUUUGUAAUAUUGUAUACAUUUGACAAUAUUUAUAUAUCUAUGUUUGUUA